AUGCGAACGGCCAUCUGGGUGUUGACCCUCGCGGCGAUCGCGGCCGCCGAGCUGGUGGACGUACCCUGGGUGGAGGAGGAGGAUUUGGAAGAACAGUACACGGAUUUUCAGGAAGAAGACCAUGAAAGGACGGAACGAGAGGCGUACGUCGAAGGUCCUUACGAGGAACACAUAAGGGUUAAGAGGAAUUGUCACGAUGAGCCAAAGCACAGAGACCGGCGUUCAGACCGCGUGAGAGUUCCUCGACAAGUGCAUCAGUAUGAAGUACACGAGUUCAACGAUGAAGCUUCAUUACCUUCGCUUCCUUACGAGCAAAUGCUAGCUGCAAGCGCUGAGCAUUACCACAGAAUAUACACUCCAGCUCCCCAAGCCCGUAGUUUGAACAGAGAAGUGAGUGCCGGUCCACUUACCUUUGGUGUCCCUGUGGCGUCUGAUCCUGUCAGAGUUGUCGCUGCUCCUUCCCUUGGGUCCUUGCCUGUGUCUAACAUUGCCAUUCCUAACAAACCGAUCAACUUGGCUCCCGUUCCUGAUCCAAACGGGGAGCCUUUCGCUUUUGUGCCGUUGUCAGCAGCUCCAUUCAAGGUAGCAGAUGAUUUGUCGCCGGCAGCUGGUCACGUACAGGUCAAGCAUCAUCCCAAAGUUCAAGUGCAUGCUCAGGGUGGUGGUCGUCAACAUCAAGGAAAACACUUCGCACAACACGGUGGAAAGACCACUAAGGGGUCGAAGUCAAACCAUCAUCUAGACAAGGGCGCUAAGGGCUUCAAGACAGAUGAGCAACACCGCAAGGAGUAUGAAGAAGCUGGUGGCCAAAAGAAAAAACAUCACGACAAUGCUGAUCACAGAGGUGAACACGAAGAAGAGGCGUACGGUUCCAGAGGAUCACACUUCGGUGAAAAGAAGGGACACAAGAAAGGCCACAAGACAAAAGGUUUCCACAACAAAUACCACAAGGACGAAUUCCACAAAGAGCACAAGUUCUACGAUGACUACCACAAGGGCGGUGAGCAUCACAGAUACGGCAAGUUCAACGCCAAGCACGCGAGCAACGAGAGCGGGAAGAAGAAGGUCCACCACGUCAACGCGGGACAUGAUUUCACGGAGCACGGCAAGAAGGGAUACAGCAACAAGGGCCACUUAGACGCUGAUCACAAGGGCUACAAGGGCAAAUCUGGUCAUGAAGAACACAAAGAGAACCACUCCCAACAUGGAAAGAAAGGGGGCAAGGAAGGUGGUUCACAUUGGGGAUACGCCAAAAAUUAA